UCGUUAAUCAUACUUUACGGUAGAGCUUCAUCAUUAAAAAGAUGUCCGGUUUAGUUAACACAGAGGAGAUUACUAAUGUUUUGUAUCAGUGCCAUGUGUGUCUGGUUGUAAUCUGAUCCCCCGCCAGAACUGAUUAACUACACAUCGUCAAGUUUGUUUUAAUCCAUUGCAGAUACCAGAUCAGAGAGAAAACUUUUUACGCUAAGAGAAAACACAUACUACUAGAAGUUUCAUCAAGUUAGAAGAAUUUUGUGUCAUUUUGGAAAUCAAUUUUUGGAGUCGAUUCGAAGUACAAAGUGUUACGGCGAUAAAAGUGUACAAUACAUCAGUUAUCUUAUUAAAGAGAGGUGAUUAAAGAUAGGGUGUUGUUGAUUUCACUGUAAAUGUGAUUAGUGCGACAGAAUUUGAUGGAGUAAUUAGUUGUUGUGGGAAAAUGGAUAUCAGGAAUUUAAUUCUGUCUUUUGUAUGGAUUUACUACCAAUAUUUCAGCAUUGUUCUAUCCUCAGCAUUGCCGGAUACUAUUAUCAUUGGUGGAUUAUUCGAAGACAGAAACAAGGGUGUUGAGAUUGCCUUCCGCCACACGACGGAGAAGAUAAAUUUAAGAGGGGAUGUUUUAGGAAAAUCAUUGCUCAUUUAUAACAUUGCAUCAGUUGCUCAAGAUGAUAGUUUCGAGUCAUCGAAAAAAGUUUGUAAAAUGAUAAAAGACGGUGUCGCUGCCAUAUUUGGUCCAUCAUCACAGAUAUCAUCUGGUCAUGUUCAGUCUAUAUGUAAUACACUAUCCAUUCCACAUAUACAGACACACUGGGAUGCACGCGUAGAUAGAGACUAUUUUUCAAUAAGUUUAUAUCCACAUUAUGAAGUAUUAGGAAAAGCUUAUGUAGAUCUGAUCAAAUACUGGCAGUGGAACACAUUUACAAUUUUAUAUGAAGAUAACGAUGGAUUAAUUCGAUUAGAAGAGGUAUUAAAAUUUUCAAAAGGUGCUAAUGUGAAGGUAACAGUCCGAAAACUAGAUGAUGACCCAACAAAUUGGGUAUACAUGUUCAAAGAAAUGAUUGACAAACAAGAGAAGAGAAUGAUCAUAGAUUGCGAUGUAAAGAAAGUAGAAGGCGUUCUUCAUAAAGCUAGUCUUGUCAGCAUUGUAAAUGAGUACUAUCACUUUAUGUUUACAACGUUGGACUUGGGAUUACUUGAUUUGGACCAGUAUUCCUUUGGUGGAGCAAAUAUAACAGCAUUCAGAUUAGUAGAUCCUAAAAACCCUAAAGUUGUAGCGGUCAAUGAAGACUGGGUGUUUGAAGAGUUGAAUAACAGAGAAUCGCCAUUGCAAGGUCAACGAAUGAUACCGACUGAUGUAGCCCUAAUGUAUGAUGGAGUGUUUUUAGCAGCUCAUGCUCUCGAUGAAGUGGGCAAGGCAAAACAAAUAUCCACUGACAAAGAGUUAUCAUGUUCAAAGUCGAAAUCAUGGGCUGAUGGCCUAAGUGUAUUGAAUUACAUGAAAACUAUGGAUUUUCAAAGUUUGACUGGAAGAGUUCAAUUUGAAAAUGGUGAACGAAGAAAUUUUAAUUUGGAUGUUGUAGAACUUACUAGAACUGGACUUCAAAAGAUUGGUACAUGGGGUCCGAAACCAGGAGUAAAUAUAACAAAAUCAGAAAAAGAAAGAAAAGUAGAAGUUGAAAAAGAUUUAAGCAAAAAGGUGUUGAGAAUAACAACAAAAGAGGAUCCACCAUACGUAAUGCGUCCUGAAGGCGAGGUAAAACCAGGUGCUCCCAAAUUUGAGGGAUUUGUAAUAGACGUUCUUGAAUUGUUGAAGAACAAAUUAAAAUUCAACUACACAAUUGAAGCUGCUGAUGGUUAUGGUAGUUGUAAGGAGGACAAGCGGACUAAGAAAAUUAAGUGUGAUGGUAUGAUGAAAGAUCUUGUAGAAGGGAAAGCAGAUCUUGCAGUUGCUGGAAUGACAAUUACAUACGAUAGAGAAAAAUACAUUGACUUCACAAAGCCAUUUAUUAAUCUAGGAAUAUCUAUCCUCUUCAAGAAACCGGAACCUGCACCUCCAAAACUCUUUUCGUUUUUAGACCCUUUAUCAACAGAUGUGUGGAUUUAUUUAUUGGCAGCAUUUAUGUGUGUUAGUUUUAUGUUGUUUGUGAUAGCCAGGUUUACACCAUAUGAAUGGUGCAACCCACAUCCUUGCAAUCCAGAAACAGACGUUGUCGAAAACCAGUUUUCCAUCUUAAAUAGUCUUUGGUUUUCAAUAGGAGCUCUCAUGCAACAAGGAUCUGAGGUAGCACCUAGAGCGAUUUCAACAAGAUUGGUGGCAUGUUGCUGGUGGUUUUUCACCCUUAUAAUAAUAUCGUCUUACACUGCCAAUUUAGCUGCUUUCUUAACAGUCGAAAGAAUGGUAUCCCCAAUAGAGGGAGCUGAGGAUCUGGCAAAGCAAAGUGUUAUAAAAUAUGGUACUCAAAGAACUGGCAGCACAGCAAAGUUCUUUUCGGACUCAGUAUUUCCAACUUUUCAACAAAUGUGGACGACGAUGGACAGUGAUCCCGAUAAUUUUGUUGGUAGCAAUGUUGAAGGAAUGGGAAAAGUUGAAACUGGCAACUAUGCAUAUUUUGCUGAAUCUACUUAUAUUGAAUACGUAAUUGCCAGAAAAUGUGAAUUAAUGCAGAUUGGUGGUCUGCUUGAUUCAAAAGGAUAUGGUAUUGGAUUGCCCGUAGGUUCGCCAUAUCGAGACGCUAUUUCUGAUGAAAUUUUAAAUUUGCAAGAACAGCAGAAGAUAGCUGAACUUAAGGUCAAGUGGUGGCAAAAAGAGCGCGUUCAAGGUGGAGUUUGUGCAGAGGUUAAAAAGAGUACAACUAAAGCAUUGUCAAUUAAAAAUGUCGGAGGUGUAUUUGUUGUCUUAGCUGGAGGAGUAAUCGGAGGAUUUUUCAUAUCAAUGUGUGAAUUUGUAUGGAAAGCCAGGAAAAAUGCAAAAGAAGAUAAGCAAACAUUGUGUUCUGAAAUGUCUGAAGAGUUCCGGUUUGCUUUGACUUGUUAUGGAUCUACAAAACCAACUAACAGAAAAAGCAGUUUAGAAAUAACAGAUAAUGGAGUUAUUCAGACAGCACCAAUGCUUAGUAAUAACUAUGGGGGUUCAAAAGAAUAUUAUGCAUGAUAGAUGCAACGUUUCGGAAUCUAAUACGUUGUGGAGGAAAACGUACACCAAGACAUGAUUCAUAUAAAGUGUCCGCAGCAAUAGCUAUACAGCUAAUUGUUUGACUUACUGUAUACUUGUGAGAAGAAAAAAACAGUGAUAUAGAUUCUGAAACGAUGACUUCAGGUGAAUGUACUAAAUCUUAUAAUCAAAUCAGGAGACAUAUUUUGAUGUUGAGUAUUACAAAUAGCAGUUUUGUUGGUUGAUAUACAUUAAUCAGUAUUUCAACUGGUAUUGUGCUUUAAAUGCGACAACUUAAGUGAUGUGUAUUAAUUUUAGAAUUUAAUUUAGUUUAGUCGUCGAGGUUUCAAUCUUCACAUGUUGAGUGAUAAUUUUUAUGGAUAAAAAAAGAUAAUCACUCGAUCAAUUUAUUUAAGAUUUUAACAAGACGAUGAGCAUACUCAUCAGCAGGGUAUUAAUUUUUCAUGUCUAGUGAGCCAGUCAAAUCUAUCUACAUAAAAAAAAAUUGUAUUUAUGUCGCGAUGAAAACUGAUGCUACAUGUAUGUAUAACUUUUAUUGUGUGAGAAGAAAUGCGUUUCGCAUUAUACUUCUAAUCGAUUAUUAUAUUACAUUUAUUUAGUUUUGAGAAAGUGCCUUUGUGAUAUGUAAAUAACAAAUGCUUUACGAAUAAACUGUAUGUUUCAAUGUAGGACAUAUUUAGCUUUUGUGAGUGUUGUCCAAAGUCUUAAAUAAUCAAAUAUAAAGUUAUAUUGAUUGAAUUAAAUGUAUCGCGUUUUACUAGGCCAAUCCGGAAUGUGGCUCCAUGUUUUAAACGAUAUGGGGUUAUGGACAAUAGAAUAAAAUGUAACUACCAAAGUAAUCCUCGUAGAAGAGGUUUUUAAUCUCAAACUGCCAUUUAGAUCUAAACAAACAUAAAGUAAGGCCAAGAGUUUAAAUUAUUUUACUACCAUUUUUUCCUGUUUUAAACCAAGUACUUUUAAGACAUUUUCCUCGCAAUCAAGUAUUGUUAAAUACUGUUCAAAACAAAUCAGUAGUUGGUAUUUUUUUAGACAAAAUAGAUAAAAAAGACUAUUAAACAGUCUGAACAUAGUAUGGACAGAUUUUAAUUGGCUGCAAGGGAAUUAUCUGAACUGUAGUGAAUUUACUGCAGUUAAGCUGUUCAGAUCCAGUUGACCAUUUCAUUUCAAAAAUUGGUUUAAUUUUGCAAUUAUGUCUCUUGCAAUAAUAAAACUUUCACAUGUGUUCUAUUAAAUAUUGAUCUUAUGUCUUAAGAUAUGCAAUAUGAUGUGUAUAUUAUGAAUAUUUACCGUAUUGUUGAUUUGACUUUAAAUAAUUUGAAAUCAACAAAGGUUAUGUGCCAUUUGUAUAUAUAUAUUCAUGUUUUAAAUGUUUGUGUCAUGCUAUUUGAAUGGAUGAAACUAUAAUUGCUUUAAAUCAAUUAUUCUUACAAAAAAUGAUAUUUUGUUACAUACUAAAAAAAAUUAAUGUUAAUGAUUCGAUGAGAAAGGAAAACACAAAAUUAAUAAUAUCAUUGUGUAUUACGACUUGCCUGAUUCAUGUUUUCACGAUUAUGGUAUUUCUUUUGAACAAGUCCUCUUUUUUGGGGGGGGGGUAAAGGUUAAAAACAUGUUUUCUGCGACAACAAAACUUACAAGGCUUUGAUAUUCUGGCGACAAUCUAAUAUAUUUCCAGCAUUGUUUACAGCAUAAAUCCUUAUAUGAAAGUUUGAUAUGUAUUAUCUUCCUGCUUUUGACAAUGCUUAUUUAUUUUCUACUUUCACUAUUGUAUUUUAAUUUAUUCAAACAUAAGGAAUCAUUUUAUUUAUAUAUAGGUAUUUAGAAAUUUAAAAAAGUACACCAUUCAUCCUAAAUUAGGACCACAACUUACUUGAACUGUACCUAUCUAUAUGAUAGAUUACACUUUCUCCACAUUAUGAUAUUCUAAGACAAUACCUUAACAUUAUUCAAAUAUCCCACGCAUAUUAUUGGUUAUACUUCCUUUUUAAAUUAUAAUACGUGUGAUGUAAAUAAAAGAUCUUAAAUAUAACAUGUCCUGAGCAAUAUCAUCCGUCCAUAAAUACAUGUUCAUGAUAAAUAUGUUCACAUCUUUGUAUGCCGUUUGUAGAUAUAAAUGUUAAUAAAAACAAGCAAUUGUCAUUAACAUCACGUGAUUUGUCAUUUAAGUAUGGUACAUUAGCAUUUGUAUAUAUUUGCAUUGUGUGAUCUUUUUGUUGUAUCUUUUGUUAUAAAUCGUCAUCUGAAUUGCAAUAAUGUACUGAUUAUGUAACAUUUGCCAAGAUGCUCAUUGUUCAAAUUGUUUUAGGAUACAAAACAUGAAUAUACUGAAAAGAACGGGCACCAGAAGAAGUGUAAUCUUACACCAGCAAAGGGCAUUUACAUUACCGGGUUCAUAUUUAAUCAAGUAGAUGUUAAAUAGACAGCACACAAUAUUUUUUUUCAAAUUUGUAUGUUAAACAAAGGAUGAUAUCAAAUUUUGAAUCCUAUUUAUUCAAACGAUAAAAAAAAAAAAAAAAACUUUUUUUUUAUAACUUAUGAAGCGUCACAGUGAAACAGUUUUCAAAAAUGAAAGAGAUUAUUUAUAACCUUCUGUCGAGUUCUUAUUUUUGUUAUAUAUUUUGUUAUAUAAAACAUAUGAGGAAAACAAUUCGCAGUAUUAUAGUAACAGUAUUAGAAAGAGCAAGCAAUGAUACAGACUUUUUCAAAUAUAUGUAUCAAAAAAAGGGUUUAUAUGUUUAUGUUAUGAAUGUUUGAAAUGAAAGGUACCUUGAAUUCUUAUAAUCCUGAUCACUGUAUAAUUAGAAGAAUAAGAACUUUAGUAUUGAAACAGAAAAAUUCUAUAAUCCAGUUUAAAGGUGCUUUAUAUAAAGUAAUAAGAAUUGGUACUAUUCUCUAUAAAGUUAAAUAUUUGCAUUAUGGUUUUGUUUCCUUUGUAUUGUUAUAAACAAUAAUUAAAACAAUUUAUAAUGAUUGUACGGAGUAAUUGACGUUAUGCUGAAAAAAAGUUUAUCACCUUAACGUCACUCUAUGUCUUCCAUUGAAGUUUACAUUUAUUAUACUUAUCUGACACUGCAGUGGAGUACCUGUUUCAUAUAUUCAUCGAAGUGUAUAUUGAGUUAUUUUGAAAUAAUGUAAUUCAUAAAAGUAGCACAGUCGAAUCUACAGUGUCGUUGCAAACAUUAAUGUAAAUACACCAGCUAAAAAUCAUAUCACAUAUUGGCAAAAUAUACAGUAUAUGUUCAUAUGACAUUAAAGUCAAACAUACCAUUUUUUAUGAUCAAAUGGAACACCCCUAAACAAUUUGAUCAUAAAUAAUGGUAUGGGUGACUUUAAAAGAUAGAUACUUAUGAUAAAAUAAAAUUUAUUUUGUGUUUAGGUAAUGAUGAAAACACAAGAAUACAGACUUAUCGUUUUACAAAAUUUAUACCUUGUCAAUUUCAUUUGAUCGUCAAAUUAUUUAAAUUAAUAAAUCAACACUUAAGAAAGUUGAUUUUAAAAACUCGAACUUUGAUAUUAAACAAGAAGAGAAAACAAGAAUUAGAAUGACAACGUUGAUAGAUUAUUCAUCUUUUUAUUUUUCAUCACUAUCAUUUAUAUUUAAUCAUUGUAUCACUUGUUAUGAUGUCAAAAUGUACAUAUCUCUGAAGGAAUAAAAUAUUUUUUAGAA